AAGUUCGGUGAACUCAGUGAUGUCAUUAACUAUCUGUCAUCACUUGCGUGUUACGUGAACAAUGCCUUUGAUAGUGGAUACUUUCCGAACAACGUGAUCACCCGCACUGUUAUCGAACAUAUUGGCGAUGUAAAUAAUAAUGGCUUUAUAUGUGCCACGCAAGCUGUCCUGCCGAAACUCUCUGAGGCGGCCUAUAUAUGGAAGCCCUUCCUUAUUAACAUAAGUUAUCUCGACUUUUUGUUCAACCAUCCGGAUGCUUUUGUGUCUGAUAUCAGCCAAUGGUGCCUCACUAAGGUACCACCCUGCAAACCCUUUGUGCCAUUAGCGGAUGUCUUUGCUGCUGCGGCCCUCGACAUGCUAGGAGUUGAGGAGAUUGGUUGUGGCUACUUUUAUCAUGCUGUACUGAGAGUAAUUACGGCUCCAUCGCCUGCAAGACGCACAGAGCUCUGUGACCACACCGCUGUUCUCACAGUCACGACAGAAUUCUGCUGUCUCCGUCACAAUAUGGGCUGGUUUGCGGUGAUUUUUGGUCUUGCAGUGGUAUCUCCCCUAAUACUAAUCACCUACGUACUUUUGUCUGUGUUCUUUAAAUAUACUUUUGGCAAAUGGCUGUACUCUAAACGAAAGGAGCUGAGGUCAGCCGGUGAAUGGGCUGUCGUUACGGGCGCAGCUGGCGGCAUUGGCCUGGCCUUCUGCAAGGAACUCGCCAAGGAGGGACUUAAGAUCUUCAUGGUGGAUGGGAAGGGGCCAAAACUAAAGUCUGCCGCCAAAGAAGUGGAGGAGGCAUUUGGUGUAGAAACACGAAUCCUAGAACUGGAUCCGCCACACUCGGUAGGUUUCGGUGUGCGCUUGCAGACGUACCUACCCUGUCUCAUCUCCACUGAGUUCUCCAGAGUGCCACCCAGCAAUCCCUUUGUGCCGUCAGCAGAUAUCUUCGCGGCUGCAGCCCUGGACAUGCUAGGAGUUGAGAAGACUAGUUGCGGCUACUUUUACCAUGCUUUACAGUACGCGUUCCCUGAUCUUCCUCAGAUGCUUUGCAGGUUUUCUGGAGGUGCCAGUGACAUCCAAAUGCCACAAUACUACUCAACGGCGAUGGAACUCUUAUAA